UCUGUUCUGUUCGCAGCUAUUCUUGUCCUCUCCACACGCGUGUGGAGCGCAGAGACCGUUAUUCAUAGCGCAAUACUUAACGCGAUGGUGUUAACCUAAGAAGAGUAUAUACACAUCUGAAACUAACAACUGCAAAGUGGACCAGCUAUUUCGCUCUUUAAGAAGGCUAUUAAUCGGACCCGAAAGGUAAUAAUAAGGACAACAUUGUAAGGAAAGAUGGUCUCGGCGGGUCUGGAGCUGCUCGGCCUGACGUUAGCCGUGUUCGGGACGCUGUUAGAGAUGAUCGCAUGCGGUCUGCCAACGUGGAAGGUGGCAGCACACAUUGAGGCCAACAUCGUGGUGUCGCAGAACAUAUGGGACGGCCUUUGGAUGUCUUGUGCUGUACAGAGUACGGGCCAGAUGCAGUGCAAGGUGCACGACUCGAUGCUGGCGCUCAGCAGGGACCUGCAGGUGGCGCGCGCGCUCACUGUGGUUUCAUCCGUGCUGUGUGUGCUGGCGCUGCUGGCCGUGAUCGCCGGGGCGCAGUGUACCAACUGCAUCCGUGCCGAGCUCGUGAAGGUGAGGUUGGUGAAUUUCGGGGGAGCGCUGUACAUCGUCAGCGCCGUGCUUGUGCUCGUGCCUCUCUGCUGGAUGGCCAACAAAAUCAUUGCUGAUUUUUACAACCCGAACGUGCCCACGGCCCAAAAGCGCGAAAUGGGCGCCGCGCUCUACAUCGGCUGGGCGGCUGCGGCGCUCCUGCUGCUGGGCGGCUCUGUGCUUUGCUGCUCGUGUCCGCCACCAUCAGCGGCCAGUGCGGGUUACUCAGUCAACUACGCGGCAACAAAACGAGCCACGAGCAACGGAGACUACGACAAGCGAAACUACGUUUAACUCUACAACUGUAACCACGCGUGAACACAUGGUUCAGGAGAACUGCAUAAUCCACCACACGUGCGACAUGUCAUAUGCGCAUAACACGUUUAUGAAAAAAAGUUCCAUCUCUGACUCUUAAAGAUGUUUCAGUUGUACAGGUUGUGAGACCUGCAACAGAGGAGUUCACCUCCACAGUUCUGCGUAAAAUCGGUUGAUUAAACACGAACCUUUAACCAUCCAAAGAAUAAUUGAGGAGCUCUUUUCUAAAAAUGUAACAACAUUUGGCAAAAUAUAGUGGCAUGUGAUUUGGCAUAUUAGGCUGUUUGCAUUGAUAAAAUAUGACAGAAGAAAAGAGAAGUAGCCACCAUUGUUCCCAAAAAAAGUCAGAACUCAGGCCUAAAAGUAAUAUUCAAUUUUAUUGAGUUCAUUUACUGCUGUUCUAAAGAGCAGAUGGUGAAAAGUCGGACAAAGCGUCGAGGUUUUCUUUUAGCCUUUGUGUAUUUGCGCCUGUAGAUUAUACUGUUUAAAGCUCCAUCUAAAUGACCUUUUAUCCCCUGGUCAUGGACUCUUACUGUUUGAUACGGACUGGUUGGACUUUAUAUAUUCCCUGUUUUAAACAUAUAGACUAUGCAUUUUAAAAGGCUAAAAAGGACACAACUGCCUUGCUUUCAACGAAAAUUGCAAAAACAUGAUGGUGAUGAUGAUGACGAUGAGGAUGAUGAUGAGGAUGUUAAUGAUGAUGAUUGUUUGUUUUUAUGGGUUGAAUUGGGAGUCCUUACUGUACUUUGGUUUGAAUAAUGUGACUUUUCCUCACAUGGAUGUCAGCUGCCUAACUGAGAACCUGAUUUUUGGACUUUUACAAUUAUUUAAAGGAGCAGGUGCUCUGAAGGACAGGCCAGACCAAUGUGUCCUGCACUAUGAAAAUAAUGUGUUGGACAUGAUUAGUUUGUGCCUUGUAGUAAUGUAGUGGCAUAUUUUAAUUCACAUCUUCAACUAAUAAGAACGGCAAUACCAAAAUUUGUCCUCAAUAGCCAAUUUCUGGAUUAUUCUUUACCUUUCAUUGUUUUGUGUUAAAAGUUUUGAACUGUAAUGUUUUUA